ACGCCGGCACGCUCGCAGAGAGAGUUCCCGUUGCGCUGAAAGCAUAAAUUCCUUGAGCUUUCGUUGAGUGCCACACGCUGAUGACAAAGCGCCGAAAAUCAUACGAAAACAAAAAAAACAUAGGAUUUCAUUGUAUAUUGUCAGACAUACCGACAUAUGCAUUUUAAAGUUGUAAAUUAACAGAAAGAGAAUAAGUGUAAAGUGAACAAGUCAAUUAAAACAAAUUAUCAACAUGUCAGCAGUAAGUCAACCUCAAAAUUAUGAACCUCCUCUGCCACAGCCCCAGCAGCAGCAGUUUGCUUUGCUCCCAAAGAUCAUUAAUGGCGGCAUUGCUGGCAUUAUUGGCGUGACAUGUGUCUUUCCAUUGGAUUUGGUAAAGACUCGUUUGCAGAACCAGCAAAUCGGACCCAAUGGCGAACGUAUGUACAACAGCAUGUUCGACUGCUUCCGCAAGACUUAUCGGGCGGAGGGUUACUUUGGCAUGUAUCGCGGCUCUGGCGUCAAUAUCCUCUUGAUCACCCCCGAGAAGGCCAUCAAAUUGACGGCGAACGAUUACUUCCGACACAAGCUGACCACCAAAGAUGGUAAACUGCCCAUGAGCAGCCAAAUGUUGGCUGGCGGUUUGGCUGGCGCUUUUCAAAUUAUUGUGACCACGCCCAUGGAAUUGCUGAAAAUUCAAAUGCAGGAUGCUGGACGUGUGGCCGCUGCUGCCAAACUGGCUGGCAAAACCAUGGAAAAGGUUUCGGCCACCCAGUUGGCUACGCAGCUAAUCAAGGAGAAGGGCAUCUUUGGCCUAUACAAGGGCAUCGGUGCAACGGGUCUGCGUGAUGUUACAUUUUCAGUUAUUUACUUUCCAUUGUUUGCCACGCUCAAUGAUCUGGGUCCGCGACGCAAGGAUGGCUCCGGCGAAGCGGUCUUUUGGUGCUCCUUCUUGGCCGGCUUGGCGGCUGGUUCAACGGCCGCGCUGGCGGUCAAUCCAUUCGAUGUGGUCAAAACGCGCUUGCAGGCCAUCAAGAAGGCUGAUGGCGAAAAGGAGUUUAAGGGCAUUUCCGAUUGCAUUACAAAAACCCUGAAGCAUGAAGGACCCACAGCGUUCUUCAAGGGCGGUCUUUGCCGUAUGAUUGUGAUUGCACCACUGUUUGGUAUUGCCCAAACCGUAUACUAUUUGGGCGUUGCCGAGGGCCUGCUGGGCGUGCAGAAGAAGUAAAUGAAAAUUUAGGAAAUUUAUCCAGAAGCAUUUUAUGCGUUUCCUCUAUGAAUGUUAAAUGUGUAUGAAUUGUUGUUAUUGCUGUUAAAGAUGUCCAAUAUCCAUGUAAAAAGUGAAUAGCUCGCCAUAGAAUUAUGCAGUUUAUUAUUAUUAUUUCAAUUCAUCAAUAUGGGCGAUUAUACAAACAAUUAUAGGCAAAAGAACUUCAACCACAAAGACAAUAAGAUACUGAAUGUCAAUGCUAUUAUAACUAAUUAAGUCUUUAUUUUUGACGAUACAUAUCUGUUCAGCUGCAUAGAGCAUCUCCAACUGUUACAAUUUGUACGUUCUUUUGCCCAUAUGAAUAGACAUUUCUAGUGAAAGUUGCAUUUUUGCUUGUUUUAGCUUUACUUUCGAUAUUAGUAUGCGCGAAUAAAUAUUAUAUAUACAUAUGAUAUAUAUACAUACAUAUAAAAA